AUGAAUGUGAGACGUUCUUCCCGAAGAAACCAUGCCACAAAGGAGGCCACGGAUAAUCACAAGUCAACAACGGUUAAAAACAACUUUUCUGAUGACAUAGAAGAUUCAGAAGCAAAAAAGAUAUACAAAGAGCAAAAACAAAAGGUUGAAGAAAUAUCAGUUCAAUUCAAAUCAAUAAAACAAGGUUUAUAUGAAGCAAGAAUGGCAGAUAUUGUUGAAGAGAAUAAAUCUAUCAUGCAAGGAUGUCACCCUAAGCUUGCUCAAAGGUUAGAAGAAAUUGAAGAAAAACAUCUUUUACUCUCACAAAAAGCAGAGGCUAGGAGAGAUUAUCAGAAAGAAGCAAUAGAAAUAGAGUUUGCUGCACGAGAGAAACAAAUAAGAGAUGAAUUUUUAAAUGAUCGCCGUAAUCUAAGGAAAGUUAUGAUAGAAGAACUUGAACUUAAAAGGAGUAAACUUAAGAAAGAAUAUGAUUUAUAUAAACAACCAGAGGAUCGUCUUAUAGAUUUGGUGGUAAAAGCAAUUAAUGAUCCAGCAUUGGAUGCACUUUCUAAAAUUAAAAGAGGUUAUCAAACAGAAAAGGCACGUAGUAUAAUGUCAGUUGUUCAGGCACGUUUGCCAGAUGGAGAACCACCUAUAUCAUCAUCAGUUGUAAUGAAUUUUAAAGAAACUAUACAUGUUGUAAUAAAAAUUCCUCGUAAAAGGCCACUAAAUUUUGUUGAACCACCUCGCGUUGUUUGGACAGAAGAAAUGGAACAAAAAUUAUGGGAAAUACUUGCACAAAAUAAACGACAAAGUAUAGAUUGGAAUGCUGCUUCUCGCCUUUUAAAUGUUCCUAUUCCAUAUUUAUUACGUCAUGCUGCUUUCUUAUACGAAACGCAACUCCGUGGUGUGCAAAAAGCAUUAAAUGUUAGUAUUGGAACCAUUGGCACUCGUAAUAGAGCAUCAAGUAGAGCUUCUUUAACAAAAGUUCCCUUAUUUGAUAAUGAUAAUGGCUAUCAAAGACCUUCAUCUGCAAUGUCAAAUGCAAGUAAAGAGCAGUAUGUUGCUACACGCGGUGGUCAUGAUAUGAUAAGAACGAGCAGUAACAAUAGUUUGAAUGAUGGUCUUAGACCUAUUACUGGAUCAAAUUCAUCAACCAUUACUUCCUUUGCUGCUCAAGCAAUAAAUGAAUCUGUAUCACACCAAGCAAAAGCUUUAUCGUCACAAACACAAAAUCAACAAGCAUCAACACCACCAAUUGGUUCGCCUAUUAUUUCUAGAAGGCCCAUGUCUAAUUCAUCUUCAGUUUCAACUAUUACAAAUAUAGACCUGGCUAAUAAACAACAAACUGUGCAAACCACAAUAUCUAAGCAAGAAAAUUUUUCUACAUCUUUAUCUACAAUAGAAUCAUCAACUGCUGCAACGGAAUUUGCUACUCCAGCUGCAUCAUUAACAAUGCCAUUAUCAAGAACUUUUUCGAGCAAUGAAGUAAAAGAAAUAAGAGAGAAAAUGGCUAAAUUACAAUUACAAAUGCAAGAAACACCAGCUUUCUUACCUUUACCUGCAAGCCUACAUUACUCACAAAUUUUAAGAGACGAUAGUAAUAUCGCACGAUCCAGUGAUUUAAUGGAUCUUAGAACUCCAACAAUUGAAUCUUUAAAUAAUUCCGAACAACCUAAUAAAGCAUUGAAUUUGGGUCUUCAGCCAGCUAUAAAGAAUCCAUCAACAAGUGAAUCAACCAGUGCUCACGAUUCAGCUAAUUCAUCUUUUUCGUUAGACUCUCUAACUGAAUCUGAACUUGAAAAUGCUUUUCUGGAAGAUCCAUCUAAUUUCAACAAUUCAAAAAUUUCAAUUUAUUCAUCUCGAAAAAGCAUGCAAAAUUAUGGUAUAUGA